UUGUCAUCAUGUCUGGAUCACGGGUUGCUAUGUCUGAUGUUGCUUGGCUGUUGUUGCUUUUUCUCUACGGAUGCAGUGUACUAUUUUGUUAGUUUGUACACUGCUACUAUGUUCUGAACUCACGGGUUGUACUUUGUUUCUACACUACUUUCAUGUCACGGGUUAUGUAACAAACAAGCAUAUAUUAAUAUGCUCUCUUCAUGUAUGUUUCUAAAUGAGAACUCAACUUCUUCUCAUUGUUUUUCUGAAUCAUCAUAUAUAUUUCCUCUUGUAUUUCAUUCGCACUUGAUCUACUACAAACGAAGAACAGAAGAGCACUUGAACAUUUCCUCUUGUAUUUCAUUUCCAAAGAGUAAUCGGGGAACAAUGUCAAGCUCCUCAAAUGAUGAAGUAUAUGAAGUAUUUGAAGAAAUGGUCGACGAACAAAUUGAUGAUUUCAUGGACUCCGUUAUUGCCAACGACCCGAAGAGACGAGGGUAUAUCGAAAGAGAUCGGGAACAAGGACACAAUCAACUAUGGCACGACUAUUUUAGCGAAAAUCCAACCUACCCACCGGAAAUGUUUAGGCGGUGUUUUCGAAUGAACAAACCUUUGUUCCUUCGCAUUGUCGAACGCCUAAAUAAUGAAGUUCCAUACUUUCAGCAACGAAGAAAUGGUCACGGAAGGUGCGGCCUAUCUGCACUUCAAAAAUGCACUUCAGCGAUACGAAUGUUGGCAUAUGGUAAAGCCGGAGAUGCGAAUGACGAAUAUCUCCGACUUGCGGCAAGUACUGCACUUUUAUGUUUGGAAAAUUUCACGGAUGCGAUAAUACUAUUGUUUGGAGGUGAGUAUCUAAGAAGACCUACACCAGAAGAUCUUCAAAGACUACUUGACGCUGGAGAGGCACGCGGGUUUCCGGAUAUGAUAGGCAGCAUCGAUUGUAUGCAUUGGGAGUGGAAAAACUGCCCAACGGCUUGGAAAGGUCAGUACACACGUGGUUCAGGAAAGCCGACAAUCGUCUUAGAAGCUGUGGCAUCACAAGAUCUUUGGAUAUGGCACUCAUUUUUCGGAUUACCAGGUACCCUCAACGAUAUCAAUGUUCUUGAUCGGUCACCAGUUUUUGAUGACAUUUUACAAGGUCGAGCCCCUAAAGUUAAGUUCAAGGUCAACAACCACACUUAUCGUAUGGCCUACUAUCUUACCGACGGAAUUUAUCCUAAUUGGGCAACAUUUAUCCAAUCCAUCAAACUCCCUCAAGGUCCAAAAGCAGAGUUAUUUGCUGAACGUCAAGAAUCCACCAGAAAAGAUGUCGAACGGGCUUUUGGAGUAUUGCAAUCGAGGUUUGCAAUUGUUAAGAACCCAGCUCUACUAUGGGACAAGGAGAAGAUAGGAAAGAUAAUGAGAACUUGUGUCAUAUUGCACAAUAUGAUAGUGGAGGACGAGCGACACGGAUACAUUCAAAUUGAUACAUCUGAGUUCGAGUCUGGACAGUCUAGUCGAAGUUCGAAGGUGAAAAGUAGAGAAAGUGUCAAUGUCCCUAUGCUUACCAUUCGCAAUCAAAUUCGAGAUCCACAUUUACAUGAGCGUUUGAAAGCUGAUUUAGUUGAAAAUGUUUGGGAAAAAUAUGGUAAUCAUGAUGAAUAAUCUUU